AUGGCGGUCCAAAAGAAGAAGGAGCGCCCUACUGGCAUCAAGAGUGUCAAGGGCGAGAACUUCUACCGUGAUGCAAAGGAUGCCAAACGUGUAAAGCUCCUUUCGAAGUUUAGCACGUCGACCAAGGCCGUGCGUGAUCGACGUGGCAAUAUCGUCCAGGCCGCCGAGUUUCAAAGUUCCGAGGCCAAGCCUGGCCGUGUUCAGCCCGACCGCCGGUGGUUCGGAAAUACACGUGUCAUUGCGCAAGAUGCUUUGGACCAUUUCCGCACCGCGCUGGGCAACAAGGUCAACGAUCCCUACAGUGUUGUGCUGCGUCGCAACAAACUGCCGAUGAGUCUGAUCCAAGACGCAUCGCGUGGCAAGGCACCCUCGCUUACGGAGAUUGAGCCGUUUGAGAAGACAUUUGGGCCCGGUGCACAGCGAAAGCGACCUCGCUUGGAUAUGGGUAUGAGCUCGUUUGCCGACCUGGCUGAGACGUCGCGAACCUUGGGCGAGCAGGAAGACGAAAAGGUGGCAGCGCUAGAGGCCAAACUGAAGGGCGAAGGGCUCGUGCCUGCAGACCGUGAAAUCCCGCUUGGUUCGUCGGAGUCGGAUCGCAUUGCCCAUCCAGACGAGCUCUACUCGAUCCCUGUGCAGCGUGGCCGUUCGGAACCCAUUUACUCCAAAGGCCAAUCUCGUCGUAUCUGGGGUGAGUUGUACAAAGUCAUUGAUAGCUCGGACGUGAUUUUGCAUGUGCUGGACGCUCGUGAUCCCAUGGGUACACGCUGCCGCAACGUGGAAAAGCAUAUCCGUGAAGAGACGCCCCACAAGCAUUUGGUCUUUAUUCUGAACAAGGUUGAUUUGGUCCCUACGUGGGUUACGGCGCGAUGGAUUAAGAUCCUCUCGAAAGAGUUCCCUACGCUGGCCUUCCAUGCGUCGAUCAAUCACAGUUUCGGUAAAGGCAGCUUGAUUCAACUGCUGCGUCAGUUCAGUGUGCUUCAUUCGGACAAGAAGCAGAUUAGUGUCGGCUUUGUUGGAUACCCGAACGUCGGCAAAAGCUCGAUCAUCAACACACUGAAGAAGAAGAAAGUGUGUAAUGUGGCCCCGAUUCCUGGUGAAACGAAGGUGUGGCAGUACAUUUCGCUGAUGCGCCGCAUUUACCUUAUUGACUGCCCUGGUAUUGUGCCUGUGAGUGCGCAUGACUCGGAAACAGGUACUGUGCUGAAAGGUGUGGUUCGUGUUGAGAAUCUCGAGACGCCCAGUGAGCACAUUGCUUCGUUGCUUAGCCGUGUUAAGCCAGAGUACAUCAAGCGCACUUACAACCUGGAAUCGUGGAAGAACGCUGAGGAUUUCCUCUCGCAACUGUCCAUACGCAUGGGCAAACUGCUUCGUGGUGGCGAGCCUGAUCUGGAUACGAGUGCAAAAAUGGUACUCAACGACUGGAUCCGUGGCAAGAUUCCCUUCUUUGUUCCUCCGCCCCUGCCGCCGAGUCGUGCCGAGGAGGACCAUGCGAAGGAGGUGCGUGGCGUGGAUCAGCCAAUUCGUCAGAUUCCUGUGAUGAGCAAGUUUACCGAGGAAGAUGCCAAUGGUGGUGUGCCGGAAGACUUUGAGCGGGAAGACGAUGCAGAGCCGGAAGACGAAGAUGCAGCGGCCCUGAGUGACGAAGACGAGGUGGACGAGGACGAAGAGGGCCAUGACGAAGACGAGGAGGAGGAGGAGGAGGACGACGACGACGACGAGUUUGAAGGCUUGGCGUGGGAAGAUGUGUUCAGCCAGCGUCCUCGCGCCUCGAAGGCCUCGGCCUCCACGGACAACGACGAAGUGUCGGACGACGAGGAGGCGCCGCGUGUCAAGGAGAAGCGUAUGACGACCAGCAAGCGCAAGGCUGAGAACUACUAUACACAUGCCAAUGUAAAGAACCGCAACCGUGCCAAGAAAGCAAGCUUGGAGGCCGUGCAAGCCCAGAGCCGACAGCGCGAGCGGGGAAGCCGUAUCGGUGCAAACAAGAAGGCGAGUCGUACUUCGAAUCCCAAGUUGAAGAAGCGCAAGUAA